AAUCCUCGAAUACCUACGAUAUAUACUCAUUAGAAGAGCUCUCGCACAUCACCAUUCAGAAGAAAGGGGGUGAGAAAUGGCAUCAGACGAAGUGACGAUGAUGAUGAGCAAGAACUGCCGUGGAUGGGCUGCAAGAGACGACUCAGGACUGCUCGCUCCUUAUGAAUUCGAACGCAGAUUGGUUGGAGGCAAUGACGUUUCAGUGAAAAUCACUCAUUGCGGUGUUUGCUACGCUGAUGUAGCUUACACUCGCAACAAGAGAAAGAAUACCGUGUAUCCUGUGGUUCCGGGGCAUGAGAUCGUGGGGAUUGUACAAGAAGUGGGUGAUAAGGUUAGUGAGUUCAAGAUCGGAGACCAUGUGGGUGUUGGACCCUUCGUGGACUCAUGCAGAGAUUGUGAGUACUGUGAUGUUCGCCAUGAAGAGCAUUGUUCCAAAGCAACUCUAACAAUCAAUGGCACUUGUAAGGAUGGUACCAUCAGCAAGGGGGGAUAUUCUAGUUUCAUAGUUGUCCAUGAGAGGUAUUGCUACAAGAUACCUGACGAGUAUCCUCUAGCGCUAGCAGCACCUUUGCUAUGUGCGGGAAUAACAGUAUACAAUCCGAUGAUCCACCACAAGAUGAAUCAGCCUGGUAAAUCGCUAGGAGUGGUUGGACUUGGUGGGCUCGGUCAUAUGGCUGUGAAGUUUGGUAAAGCUUUUGGACUAAAUGUCACUGUAUUCAGCACAAGCAUUUCCAAGAAAGAUGAUGCCUUGAAUAUGCUAAAAGCAGACAAGUUCGUGCUUUCGUCGGACAAAGAACAAAUGGCUGCACUGUCUCAUUCUCUGGACUUCAUAGUUGACGCAGCAUCAGGAGGUCACUCAUUUGAUCUAUACAUGUCAUUACUUAAACCAGAAGGAGUCUUAGCUUUGGUGGGCUUUCCAAGUGAGAAAAUAGAACUCAGCCCACUCAGCCUUCUCAUGGGUACAAGAAGUAUCUCUGGAAGUGCAGUGGGCGGCACGAAACGAACAGAGGAGAUGAUCGAGUUUUGCACUAAACAUGAGAUAUAUCCGGAGAUUGAAGUGAUUCCUAUCCAAUAUGCAAACGAAGCACUUGAUAGACUCCAGAAGAGCGACGUGAAGUACCGCUUUGUCAUAGACAUCGAGAACUCCUUGGAGUGACUUGGCCUGUCAAGUGACUCUCUGAAGAAAUCGUAAUGCAUUUAUCUGUUUGAGACUGAAUUCUCUUGCUGUUUUCAGUGGCAAAAAAACGUGUGAGGCAAUAAAAGCAGGGACUACUCUUUCCUGAAAUCAAAUGUAUUCAUCUUGUUUUCAAUAAAAAGACCUAAAUGAUUGUGAUUUCUACUUUAA